AUGGCAGUCCACAAGUGCGUCAGGGGCCUGUCACACGGCUGGAGCUUCGACUGCCGGAGCCACGACUGCAGCAGGUACAACUGCAGCGGCUACCACUACGGGUGCAGCAUCGACUGCGGCAGGCGCAACCACCGGAGCAGCUUCAACUGCAGCCGCUACAACUGGGGCAGCCUCAACCGCAGCAGCUACAACUGGGGCAGCCUCAACCGCAGCAGCUACAACUGGGGCAGCCUCCACGGCCGGAGCUUCCACAGCAGCGGCCACAACCACCGGGGCAGCCUCAACUGCAGCGGCUACAACUACGGGGGCAGCCUCAACUGCAGCACCCACAACUACUGGAGCAGCCUCGACGGCGGCACCUACAACUACAGGGGCAGCCUCAACGGCUGGAGCUUCCACUGCAGCGGCUACAACUACCGGGGCAGCUACAACUACAGGGGCAGCUACAACUACAGGGGCAGCAUCGACAGCAGUACCCACAACUACCGGAGCAGCCUCGACAGCAGCAGCUACAACUACGGCUGGAGCUUCCACAGCAGCGGCUACAACUACUGGGGCAGCCUCAACUGCAGCGGCUACAACAGGGGCAGCCUCAACCGCAGCAGCUACGACUGGAGCAGCGUCCACGGCCGGAGCCUCAACUGCAGCAGCUACAACUGGGGCAGCCUCAACUGCAGCAGCUACAACUGGGGCAGCCUCAACCGCAGCAGCUACAACUGGGGCAGCCUCAACCGCAGCAGCUACGACUGGAGCAGCGUCCACGGCCGGAGCCUCAACUGCAGCAGCUACAACUGGGGCAGCCUCAACUGCAGCAGCUACAACUGGGGCAGCCUCAACCGCAGCAGCUACAACUGGUGCAGCCUCAACCGCAGCAGCUACAACUGGGGCAGCCUCAACGGCCGGGGCUUCUACGGCAGCGGCUUCGACCGCAGCAGCCACAGCUACUGCAGCAGCCUCAACUGCAGCAGCUACAACUGGAGCAGCCUCAACCGCAGCAGCUACAACUGGGGCAGCCUCAACCGCAGCAGCUACAACUGGGGCAGCCUCAACGGCCGGGGCUUCUACGGCAGCGGCUUCGACCGCAGCAGCCACAGCUACUGCAGCAGCCUCAACUGCAGCAGCUACAACUGGAGCAGCCUCAACAGCAGCAGCUACAACUGGGGCAGCUUCGACAGCUGGAGCUUCCACGGCAGCGGCUACAACUACCGGGGCAGCUACAACUACUGGGGCAGCCUCAACUGCAGCACCUACAACUACUGGAGCAGCCUCAACAGCAGCAGCUACAACUGGGGCAGCUUCGACAGCUGGAGCUUCCACGGCAGCGGCUACAACUACCGGGGCAGCUACAACUACUGGGGCAGCCUCAACUGCAGCACCUACAACUACCGGGGCAGCCUCAACGGCAGCGGCUACAACUACUGGAGCAGCCUCAACUGCAGCAGCGUCGACUGCAGCAGCCUCGACUGCGGCAGCCUCGACUGCGGCAGCCUCGACUGCGGCAGCCUCGACUGCGGCAGCCUCGACUGCGGCAGCCUCGACUGCGGCAGCCUCAACUGCAGCAGCUACAACUGCGGCAGCCUCAACUGCAGCAGCUACAACAGGGGCAGCCUCAACAGCGGCACCUACUGA